UCGGAUGACGACAGCGACCUCGAGGUUGAAUUCGACUCUUUCUAGUCUGGAGUUGUUGCCCAUCAAGCAGAGACAUCCUGCUGAAAUCGGUUCUGUCCUCGACACUGACAGUCUGACCCCAGAGCUGAAACAGGCCUUGGAGAGGUGGUUUGCUGAGCGCGUCAAGGAGUACGAUGAGAUCAAGCUGCAUGACCAGCGGUGCUCAACAGGCUGUGGACAACCCGCAGCUGACAGGAUGGCUGACUUUGCCCUAGAGUCUCUAGGUUCCAUGGUGGUCCAAAGCCGGAGUUCUCAGACGUACCACGGUGGUUCAGGCUGUGGGCGUCUCUUUGGUUUCUUUCGGCGGUGCAGCUCACAGAGUCCAAACGUUGUUAUCCAGGGCCACUCAGUGCUGUUCCCAGGGAAGUGUUGGCCAUUCCAGGGUGCUGAGGGGACGCUUCUCCUCUCCCUUUCACGCCCUGUCAAAAUUAGUCACGUGACACUGGACCACGUGCUGCGCAGCAACUCCCCCAGUGGGCACACCGACUCAGCACCUAAGGACUUCAAAAUCUAUAUAUGCUGUUAA